AUGUCAACGUGCACCUUCCAAGGUGGUGUUGGAAAACCCGGGAAGAUCCCAGAGUGCUUCAAAGGUGGCUUGACAAAACAAGAGGAAAACCUGAGAGCAAUGACUCUCUGUGUUGGGAUCCCCGGUGUUGGGAUCCCCGGAGGUCUCCCUGGUGGCGUGCUUCCUGGCACAGGGAUCCGUUAUCCUGGUGUAGGGGUUUUGCCGGGUGUGCCAAUUGGAAACGGAGUCAAGCCAAAAGUCCCAGGAGCAGGAGGUGGUGGUUUUGCAGGAAUCCCUGGGUUUGGAGGUUUUGGGGGACAGCAGCCGGGACUACCUCUGGGCUACCCCAUCAAGGCACCUAAACUUCCUGGUGGUUAUGGGCUGCCCUACACUACGGGGAAGUUGCCAUAUGGCGGUAAUGGAGCUCGUGGAGUGCUCGGAGCCGCAGGGAAGGGCAGCUACCCGACAGGCACUGGUGUAGGAGCGCAGGCAGCUGCCGCAAAAGCUGCUGCAAAAUACGAGAGUGGGAGUGAAGGGGCUUGGAAUUAUAGGAUCCUGAAAGAGCGGGAGCCGGUGUUCUGCCUGGAGCGGGAGCCGGUGUUCUGCCUGGAGCGGGAGGCAUUGCAGGUGUGGGGCCUGGAGGCGCUGUCCUUCCGGGAGGUGUGGGUCCAGCGGCGGCGGCAGCGGCUAAAGCAGCAGCCAAAGCGGCAGCUUAUGGUGGUGAGUCGGCUUGCCUUGUGCUGCGAAUCCAGUGGAGGGAGUGGGGGUCUGAAGCAAACCAGAUGUGCUGGAGUGAUCCCUGGCGUUGGCGGCGUGGCCCCUGGUGUCGGUGGGCUGCCCGGAGUGGGUCCUGGUGCUGGAGUGCUUCCAGGUGCUGGAGUGCUUCCAGGUGCUGGAGUGCUUCCAGGAGUUGCAAGUCCUGCAGCGAUAGCAGCCAAAGCAGCCAAGUAUGGUCAGGUCCCAGGAGUUGGCGGUGUUCCAGGCGUCUACCCAGGUGUUGGUGGGAUCCCAGGUGUUGGCGGGAUCCCAGGUGUUGGUGGGGUCCCAGGUGUGGCUCCAGGCACUGUUCCAGGUGUUGGUGCAGGGGCAGCAGCGGCGGCAGCAGCAGCAAAGGCAGCGGCUAAAGCAGCAGCAUAUGGGGGUGGGGUAGCACCUGGCUUUGGAACUGUUCCUGGCGUAGCACCUGGUGGUGUGAUACCCGGCGGUGUGGCACCUGGCGGCGUGAUACCUGGUGGCGUGGCACCUGGAGGCAUUGGAACUGGAGCACUAGUACCGGGAAGUCCUGGAGCAGCAAAAGCAGCCGCCAAGGCAGCUAAAUACGGAGCUGCUGCAGCAAGAGGCCUGGUGCCUGGUGUCGGAGGGGUUGGCGGCUUGGCACCCGGUGUCGGAGGGGUUGGCGGCUUGGCACCCGGUGUCGGAGGGGUUGGUGGCUUGGCACCUGGUGUCGGAGGAGUUGGUGGCCUUGGAGUGCCUGGGCUCGGAGCAGCAGCAGCGGCAGCUAAAGCAGCAAAAUACGGUGCUGGAGGCGUGCCCGGCGUGGGAGGUGUGCCCGGCGUGGGAGGUGUGCCCGGCGUGGGAGGAGUGCCCGGCGUGGGAGGCGUGCCCGGCGUGGGAGGCGUACCUGGCGUGGGAGGCAUACCUGGUGCAGGGAUCCCCCAGAUUGGAGCACAGCCUGGAGCCAAGCCCCCGAAAUAUGGUGUACCAGGGGCUGGACUGGGUGGAGUCGGCGUAGGAGGCCUUGGCGGCCGAGGAGGAUUCGGAGUCCCCGGUUAUGGGGGCAUUGGACUUGGAGGCGUGGGAGCCGGAGGGCUGACUCCCGGGUUACAGUAUCCAGGCGGUGUUAAACCACCCAAAACAGGUAAUAUGAAACGGAAUCUUCCAAAUAAUGGUCCAUUCUUUGAGCAAUGA